GAGCGACUACACCCUAAACCCUUUUUGGUGACAAAAAGAAGGUCCACCGCCUGAAGCCGGAAGCGCGCAAGAGAAACACCAGGGUAUGUUUCGUUUUUGCGCAAUUUGCGGUUCGCUGGCAAAAACUCAUGUCGUGCAGCAGCACUGCUCACAGUGGGAGUUUGGCUUCGGCUUAUAUUUGAGCCCCCACGAAAUCGUCCCCACAACAUGCCGACGUAUGCGCCGAUAUGUGAGAGCGCCGCAUGACCUGCAUGGGGGGCAGAAAAGCGUAUUGGGAAGGGCCUCGAGCAACACCGGCUCUCUCUAUUGACGAGAACACACUUCGUGUCCUUUUCUGCUCUCCUGUUUCCUCUUGCGUGUCUACGUGUGGUGCGCAUCCUCCCUCGUUGUUAUCUCUUUUACGUCCCUUUUGUAAAGAUGCCGACGAAGCGUCGCAACGGCGGUCGCGCAAAGCACGGCCGCGGCCACUCUGCCGUUGUCCGCUGCAGCAACUGCGGCCGCUCCUGCCCGAAGGACAAGGCCAUCAAGAGAUUCAACGUUCGUAACAUCGUUGACGCUUCUUCUCAGAGAGAUCUUCGCGAAGCGUCUGUUUACAACACCUACACCCUCCCCAAGCUCUACAUCAAGCAGUGCUACUGCGUGUCCUGCGCUAUCCACUCGCGUGUCGUUCGCGUCCGCUCUGUUGAGCAGAGAAAGGUCCGCGAAAACCCCCAGCGCCGACCGCAGGGCGGACAGCAGGGCCAGGGCAACAACUAAAUGAGAGCCUGAGAAAGGCCGGAUGUCGGAAGGUGUGAACAGAGAGACUUGGCGAGGGGACUACCGCGGCACGUGCGAGCAGGAGCGAAAGUCAGCGGGAGCUGCCUUGGCUGAGUCCAGGUCAUGCACAGAGCGGGCGGUAGAGGAGGUUGUGGCCCGCAAGACCACGAGAGAAGACACAACCUGCUAGAGGGCCUUUAACGCCGCUGGACGUUCAGCUGAAACGUCAAAGCACCCCGAGAGGGGAGUUGUUCAUCGGGCAGAGAUCUUUGGAGGGCCCGUGCAGAGCGUAGCAGCGUGUUCAACUGUUCCUCCCCAACACUGGAGUGUAACGAAAACUUGACCUCGCGUACGGCUCCCCUUCAAACUAGGUGUCUGCCUGCUGUAAGUCAACAGCACUGAUGCUGUUCGGGGCGAAAAAGUGCUUUCACUGGUUCGAACGUGCCGGAG